AUGGCCGUGGAUAAAGAGAGCCUUAAAUCAGGCAUAAUCGGAAACUGGGCAAUGUUGUUUGUGCUGACUAGUAUCCGUGCGUGGGUGGCAUUGAUGUGUGUUUUAUGGCAGCGACCAGAGAUGCAAUCAAACGCUAUUGUUGCUGUGAUACGAAAUGAGGACAAUGGAACAACGAGAGCACUGUAUGUGAUGCGUUACUUCCCACUCCUCACUAUACUAGUGCUAUGUUCAGACAGAACUGUCACAGCAGAAGAUAUCAAAGAUGUUCCCAUAGAAGUACUUAACGUGACUGUAUACGAUGUAUCCAAGAAAUUUGUGGAGCUCUUCGGUGGCAACAACAAUAAGAGUAGAUUGAAAGAUUUAAAGGAAAAACUAGACCACAUUAACCAUUAUGUGGUUGACAAUAAUCUGGUCGGAGAAGUCUUGAACAACGUGACGUCAGAAACAAAUUUAAAUGAAACUAAUUUCUACCAGGCUCUCAUGGAAAAAGAUCAUUUCUCAUACUUGACGGCAAACGUAUCAAAAAAUCUGAUUCUCAAGCUAAAGGAAAAGAUGACACGUGACGACAUACUGAAGAUCAUUGCAAAAAGAGCAUCGCGGAAAAAUCUGAUGAAAUCAGCCAGAAGAAUGAUAAAAGAUCCAAUUCCCCAACAUGAUACUGAAAAAAUUAUUAACGAUGUAGUGGAUAAACUGUUAGCAGAAACGCCGAUUGACAACCAUAAGACAAAAGAAAACAUUAGUGUUUAUUGGGAUCCACAAAAGGAGUUGGAAGCGAAGCAGAGUUACCACCAGAACAAACAGAGCGGACGCCGCAUCUACCGCGGCGAGCGCACCCACAUCAGGCACUUCCCGUUCAUGGCGUCCGUGCACCUCAUGGGCAGGUUCUGGUGCGGAGCCGUCAUUUACUGGCAAGACUUGUGCAUCACCUCCGCUUCUUGUCUCCAGUUAUUGCAUAACAAUCGCUUUUUCCGUGAGAACCCUCGGAUAUUGCAAGUGAGGAUAGGAAGCAACCACAGCAGGAUUGGAGGAGAGAUGGUGGAUGUCCUUGAGGUGUACUUCCACCCUGGCUACAACCCAAGGACGUUGAAGAGCAACCUGGCAGUGAUCAGACUUCGACGACACAUUCGCUUCACGUCACAUGCAGUCACCAAGUACAUCGCUAUCGACAAGCACAUACAUUCCCCGCCUCCCACCGCUGAGGUGUUGCUGCUUGGCUGGGGAGUCACCAAGGUAUCACAGAAGUUAUCGUACGAGCCGAUAUUCCUGCAGAAGAAAAUAUUGCCGGUGUAUCCAAACACGUUUUGUAGGGACGUCUAUGGGGACAAGUUUAUGCCGGAGACUAUGUUUUGUGCUGGCACUCUGACCACAGGGGAGGGCGCGUGUGAUCACGACGCGGGUGGUCCAGCGAUCCUGGACGGGCGACUGGUUGGUAUCAUUUCGUUCGGACCUACUGUCUGUGGGUUCGUUGACGCUCCCACCGUGUUCACCACUAUCGGCGCCUUUACUGAUUGGAUAGAAACUAUCAAUGAAACUAUGCCAAAUUACUACACCGGGGCAGCUCGCACCACUACUACAACUAAAUCUCCGUUAAACGAAUUCCUCGCGACGUACAAGGUUAGGUUUGCGGGACAUCGAAAGACCACGUACUUCCCUGCGAUCACCCAGGAUACUUCGGAGUCAGUCGAAGAUAUGGAGCCGUCACCACCCGUUGAGACCACAACAGAACAUGCCUCUGAGACUCCACCACCUUCUCCUCUCGCACUCCGAGAAGGUGAAGACUCAGACGGUGGCUGGAGUAUUGAUUUGGUCGUAUAA